UAACCUGGGGAGAAGAAACGUGACAUUUCAUAUCAAGAUGCUGUAACAGGCUUCUGUAACAGGCAUUCCUCUGAGUGGAAACAGACAUCACCUGUCUAGUCUCAUUUGUGCUGUCUAACAUUUUUUUUUAAGGCAGCACAAAUUGCUGCCUUGCCCUUUGUUGACAUGACAGGUACCACACCAGUGGCACAAAAAGAAGUAGUAAUAGAUUCUACUACUGUAUUGUAGCAGACCUUUAUGGCCCUUUCCCUACUCACCCAGACCUGUGAAGUGGGUCUGGGGAGUGGAAAAAGUGCUUCCCUGCUUGGAAAUCUCCACCUGGGGCAGGGUUUUCCUCACCCAGUCAGUCCCAUGGGGCUGGCUAACAGUGGAAGCAUCUUUCCCAGCUGCUUCAGACCUAUAGUGCAGGCCUGGGGCAGCAGAGAAAGUGGGGAAAUCACAUCACCCACUUAUCCCAUACCAUCAAAGACAAGGAUAACAUGCUUUGCUUAACAAAGUGGAUCAGCUGUGUUGGACACAUCACAGCACUGCUGAUCUGCUCCAUUUGGUGAAGUCUAUUUCACGCAAUUAGAGGCAACUCCUGCAGGCAACCAGUAGAGAGCAGUAAGCCACAUACAGCUGAGAUAAAAGCCUGCAUACUACUAAGGAAUAGGGCUGUGCAAAACAGCCUCGAUCAAGCUGGGGUCAAGGAGUCAGCCCAGCUGGGCUGCACUGGGGAUGGAAAGAAGCCCAGCUGGGCUGACUUCUGGACUCCAGUACUAUCUAGCACUGGGGUUGGGAAGUCAGCCCAGCUGGGCUGAGUUAAUUUCCCCAGCGCUGUGGUAGAAACAUUUCGACUAGCGUCAUUUUGUAUCUAGGCUGUUCCGUAGCCCUUUGUUUCAUUUUGAUUUUGCUGUUUUGACCUCAAAAUGAGUUGAAAGUGUCAAAAUGAAACAGCCAGCAAAAUUUCACACAGCCCUACUAAGGAACUCCUGUGCUUUAUCAUAAGAGGGAGAGGUGACCAGAAGUGAAGCCUAGAGGCUAUAUGAGCCUGGCUCUUGGGUUGAGAAGUCAGUCUAGCCCAGAAUGGGGUUGUGAAAGAAUUUAUCUGAAGCACUAGGAAAAGGAGAAGCUGGGAAUCUAUGAUAGUCUGUCUGAAUUAGAUCACAGUGGGGAGAAGAGUUCCUUUGAGGGAAGGCUCUAGGCUGAUGACUGGGGGCUACAAAAUAUAGGCAGUAAGGUAGCUUUGAGAGGCUCGUAUAGGAUAGCCAACUAGCAGUGGUGGCUUUGGAUGUGUUAGGUACUUUCCGGGUUGAGGGGGGCAAGAGUUGGUUGGUCAUCUUACUUGUAACAACUCGAUGGUUUUGUCUGUUAGCCAUGAGGUAUGGGGGAAGACUUCUGCAGGGCAGUAAGGAGGUAUUAAGAAUGCCUGGCUAAAGGGUACUCUAGGCUGGGCUGGUUGGUGUGGGGGUAGGCCAAGAUUGAUAACACCAAUUUGGGAGGCAAUGUCAAGGUGUGGUAGGCAAAGACAGGGCAAUACCCUAGCAAGUCAGAAUGCAAAAUAGUCUUGGGGUGGCUGCCAGAGGGCCCCAUAUCUAUCUUUGCAGGUGGCACCCAUUACAAUGCUUAUAUUCACCUUGCCUAAAGCAUAGACUAGCCCUUUGUAGCUUGCUUCUGAGAAGCCUAGCUAGGCUGCCAGGCACCUUUAAAGAUAUGUGGACAAAAUAAACUGCUGCAGUCAGGGGCAUCAGAAGCAAAGUCUUAGCUAAGCUCCUCAAGUUUGGCAGCUUAUACACAAACUUCUUAUUUGUUCUACCUAUAUGGGAAGGCACUCUUCAUAUCUCAGGAUCUUGGGAGAGGAGCAAGGUAAACAGUCACACCUGUAGAUGUAGCUCUUGCUCUGCUGCGGGUAAAUCGGAAGAGUUUGCUGCAGCACCAGGCUCAGUAGGCUAAUCCAGUCAAGCGGAGAAGCCAAGAGCACUGGCCACAAGCCUUGCUCCCAUGAUUGGCACUAUCCUUUAAGACCUGCCCUGAGUAAGGCAGACAUUUUUCUUAUGUAUGUGGACAUUCAUUAUAAAUCACAAUUGCUGCAGUGGGAGACCUGAAGGCUUAAUUCUCAGUUCUCCACUCGGCACUAAGGGAGAAAGAUCCCUGUGUUCUAGAGCAGUGCUUCUCAAAGUGGUGGUCUGCGGACCGGGGCCAGUCUACAAGCCACUGGUCGCCGGUCCACAGCGAGUUGCCAGGAAAGAAAGAAAUAUAUUUUCAGAAGCAUAACCUUGAUAUGUCAUAAUGCCACAGUUCAUACGUUCCAAGACUGCAGGUGACGUCAUGUCAUGCGAGGUGAGGAAGGAGAAAGAAACAGCUGGUCACGCAUUUAUGAAGCGCUGUUACACGUAGUUGCUGCCACCGGCUGAACUGGGCACUGGUCCCUGGACCACUGGAAAAAAAAUUGCCAGUCUGCCACAUCAGAUAGUUUGAGAAGCACUGUUCUAGAGCCAUGAAGACCGUGGCUGGCCCCCAGGUAAGUAAGACUUUUUUUGGGACUGUUCUCUCUCAUGCCUUCCUUUUCAUGUUCCUGCCUCGCCCCGUAGGAAGCAGGAAACAGCCAGAGGGCAAUACACUCUAGACCUGUAUCUGAUCUACCCUCUGCCCUGGAAUUGGGAGUUGGGCUUGCAUAUGGUCCUUUUCCCAGCUUUGGUAAGGGAAUUAUUAGGGGCCACUUCCAUUUGCUUUAAGCCUUCUAUAUAGCAUCAGGCCCUUGGGACUAGAUGUUUUGUAAACCUGAGGUAAUUCGGUAAGGCCUUUUACAUAUUAGAGAAUUGGAGAAUAGAUACAAAUACCCAAAUGUGUAUAUUUGAUUAAUUAAUAUUCUUCUACUUGAGCACAAUAUAGUGACUGUCACUGUUAGCAGCACUGGUCAUGAAGGUGUUAAAGGAACAGGGAUCACCUAGCAUCUUUAUGGGCCUGAGCUUCUCUACCUCUGCCUUUAUGGCUGGGGCACUGGCCCUAGCUGAUGGUCACAGGGUCUUGUGACCACAGUCCUUUUUAGCAGUGAGACCAUGUUGCCCAGUGACCUACAGGCAGGAUUUCUCUUUCUGCAUUCUUGGUGAGCAGGGCAGAAUUUCCAGGAUCUUCACCCCAUUUCUCUUUCUUCUUCCUCAUCCCCCUCACUCCCAUUUUCCUUGUCUCUUCUUUCUGUUUCUGCCCUUCCUAUUUUCUCUCACGCCCACACCAUUUUCAAUAAUGUUUGGGCAAACUCCAAGUUGCUGCUUUACAAAUCUCCAAAAUGGAGACCCUACAGAAGGCAUCAGAAAUAGCCUGAGGUCCGUUGGAGUGCAUUUAGAUCACAGAGUCCAGUACAGCUAGAAAUGUAGUUGGAGAGUUUGAGGUCCAGAAGCCCCAAACCCUUGGAUCUCUCAACUAUCCCCACAAAGAAGCAUGGGGGAAAUAGGCCAGAGCUGUUUUCACAUCCAAAGUGGCCUUGGACUUUGAACUGUGUAGCUUUUGGAGGAAAGAUCACUAAAGGAGUUUUUUGCUCAAGGUGGAACUUAAACAGGCUUUGGUAGGAAUAUAGGGCGUGUAUGGAGGACUCAACUGGGUCAUAAGUCUCUAAGAAAGCAUACUGUGCAAAAGCAAGAACUUAGGAGGAGAAAAUCAGGAAAGCAAAUGAGUUGCACCUGACAAGGGAAGUUAAGGAAAACUGGAUUCUAUAAAUACUUUGGUCAGAAAAGUGUUUUCUUGUGUGCUGCACCCCCUGCCCACUCCCAAAUCAACUGCUAAAUAGCCAAGAAGUUCCAUUAACAGAAGAAGAUGCAAAGAAAGAGGAGCUGUUUGACAAAUACUGUAGCUUUGUUUUUCACAAAAAAGUGUUGCUUGACUUUGCUCAGUCCUGCAUCUGCCUUGCGUGAGCUGACCAUCCACAGUACAAAUGCAAUGACAGCUCCACAGAGACACAGCCUCUUUAAUCCUGAACCUCACUACAUCCCAGGAUAUGGGGGAUUUUACCCUCAGUUUCGCUACCAAAUUGGAGAAACCUAUGGCAAAACCACAUCUCACCUGCUCACCGAUCCUAGUAUUCAGAAGAGCCCAUGCUCUGUGCUGGCACCACUGGUGAAGCCAAAGUUCUUAAAGGAUUUUAGUGACAUAAAGCAUCCCUUGAACCAGAUGCUGGAUCGAGACAAAAGUUAUAUUCCUGGCUACACAGGAUUCAUUCCCUACCAAAAACCACAGGUUGGAAUGUACUUCCCUAUACCAGCACCUGAAUCAAACCCUGCCUUAUCAAGACUUGUUCCAGCAAAGGAACAACAAUUAUUGAUGAACACAGAUACUGGUGACUCCUUAUCAUUAUGUGAGAAGAACAACUUCAUCCCUUGCCAUCCUGGUAUCCGUUUGGCAUGUGGCCAUGGGUGGAAAAGUCUUUCCUGUCCUCCCGGAAAACAGCUAAUCUCUGAGCAGGAAGAGAAGAAGUCAUCUUGUGACCCUGACAUUGCUUUGGCAUGUGGGCAAGAAAAGAGCCAUGGACCUUGCCAUUCGGAAAUCGCACUUGCAUGUGGUCAGGGAUGGAACAGUUUUCCCUGCCUCCCUAGAAUCAAAGAGCCUGUCAGAAUUGAGGCAGUGGCUCUGCCUGCAGUGACUGAAGCCGUGGAUGUAAGCAGAUACUCUCAGCUCCCACAGCUGGAUGUGCCCAACCUGAUCCAACGGAAAGCUAUUUCAGGUUAUACUGGAUUCAUUCCCCGCUUCACCUGGAUUAUGGGUGUUAACUACCUCAAGGGAGUUAAAGAGGCCAUGAAUGAAUUUGACAUAAAUCAGCACACGGCAAGAAACCCAAUGUGCACAUCUAAUAAUAGACUACCCCAAACAUACUGGCCUAACAAAAGAAUUUACACCAACACUGGAUUGAUACCUUUCUACACUGGCUUUGUACCGACUAUUAGAAACAACUACAUGCUGACCUUUGGCAACAGUUCCCGAAAAGCUUACCAGAAACAAAAGCAACAAGCUCAUGCAUUUUGAAAGAUGCUUUAAUUGUCUGUACAUCAGUGGACAUGAAGUUGUCAUGGAACAGCAAAAGAUUCACACAAUACAGACAAACAAAAACAAAAAAGUUUUGAAUGGAAAGAGUUCAUACAGCUUUAGACAUAAUAUACAGGAAUUGCUACUGCAUAAAUGUUAUGCUGCCUCUUCCUCA